AGACGAACUUGCCUGUUCCUCCCCUUAUUCAAAAAAAUCUCUUUUGGAUGAAAGAGCAGCAACACCGAUUCUGUUCUCAGUUAAGCCCCCCAACUUCAAGAUACGACUGAUGAGUCUAUCAUCUUUAAACCCGACGCCAAUAUUCGCGAAUAAACGUGCAAAUGUACAGUUCAAGUUUCGAUGCGUUUACCACCGUAGUUCUCUAAGAAUCCGAAAGGGAGGUAGCUUUAAAACUACUCCUGAAGCUCUCCCUAGGAGUCCUGAAGCUUCAAGUAAUUUGCUAUGAAAAUCUUGAGCCACCUGGACGAUUGAGCACUGAAUGCUGGAGUUUAUCCUCGAUUACCACGCGAGAAUGCAUCACCUUACCACGAUAGUUCUUGUGUGGGCGUCUAUACUGACCUCUACCAAGUAACAACAUCGGGGUCCGCAUGGUAAAAUCGACAGAACCUUUCCGACUCAAUGAUCAUAAUCUAUAUCCAGUGGCGUAAUGCUUUCAGUGGUAAUCUUGCACUGCUCUAAGGAGUCAUAGCGAUCAGCGAACAAACGGAGGCAAUCCACAACUCGCAUCUUUGACGACUCAGAUUUUCACACGAAAUCAACUCAAAACUUACUGGGAGGCAUGCGAAACAAGAAUUUGUCGAGUAUCGAGAACUUAAAUCGGGUGGUAUGGCACCCAUUGGCAUCCAAUUCGCCCUUAUUCGAUCGUAAAUUUUGCCUCGGCUAACUUCUCAGCCUUUAUUCACGCCCGCCAUUGGGCUAAAGCGUCUCAAGUGUUGAACUUGGAACGCUCCUCAACUAAUGGCUAUUGAAGCGCCAUGAUUGAAUCGUCGCUUACAAGAGUUACAUCAAAUGCAGCCAGAGUUACGGUCUCGACGGAAAAAUAUGAUGCCGAUUCAACUUAGGCAUUAGAGCCGACGGUACCAAGCUUUCGAACGGAAAGCUUGGAUUUACUAUGAUGCGAACAGAGGUCAUUGGUCAGCCGACACUGGUUUUCGGUAUUAUGGACUCAGUCCAUUAUAACACUGCCGAUCCACCGCUAUAUCAUCUGCAUGAAACUCAUGACACCUUCCAUAAAGUCAUCAGCAUCUGUCUUCGAUGUCCUUUCACUAAGCUCAUGCGCUAUUGAAGCCGUGGACAUCAUCCCUUCCUAAAGUCGAGAUGCUUGCUUAGAUUUGGCCAAGAUCGGACGUGGCUUCGAAGAGCCAGGAACUAGCGUUUCGGAAUGACAGGGUGAAAGAGAUUAGAGUCUUAAUCGAUGUGCUGGGAUUCCUCCAUGCUACUAUCUUAUUGAAGAAGGUCUUUGAUUGUCGCUCAGAUCCAGAACUGCGGUGGAAUGGACCGUUCCGCUGAUGUUGUUGCUCUGGUUGGUUGUCCGACGACGUGCGGGCGCCAUGUGAUCUUCCUAACCUUGCACGGUCCGCAAAAUGACCUACCUAUCUUUUGAGAUCCGCAUUAAGCUUCAGCGGCGUGAAUGCUAGGAAGCUUGUAGAUAGUGUUGCUGAUGGGACAUCCUCUUGCCGACGUGACCCGCGUCAUGCAAGACUGUUCUCGUCGCGCACUUCUCUUUAUUCUAGUUCUUUCCAGUAUCGGCCUAGUUAAAACAAGUAUGCUACGCUACGGAUAGAAGAUUAGAGCGGGAAUUAGAAUUGAAAGGACAAUUCAAGUACCUGAACUGGAAGGUGAACGACCUCGAUAUCUUUCAUCCGAUAUGAUACUGGGUGUAUCAGCUCUUAUCGCUGGCGAACGGGGUAGUUCCUCAUGAGGAAGUUCACGAUCUGCUGACUCUACUUGCUUCAGAUGACGGCGCGUAAUCGAUCAUAGGAGAUGCAUAUAAGGUCGUUGAUGUCGGCCACGUCGCUUUCAUGGUCAGCAGUCCAAGAAGCUUGUCUUUCAUUUAUGUCUGCGAUUUUCAACUUCAUCCUGUUCUCAUAUUCAUCAUGCAUACUAUAAGCUCUGUGACCCUUUUGGCUGGCUUUGUCGGCUUUACUGGCUUCUCUUUUGCUGCCCCGUUCGAUGCCAAUGCUAAUAGUGCAGGUGCGUUCCGUGUCGAACAAGUCCAAGGAUCCACGGUCUUGAAAAACGGCGCUGCGGCGAUUCAAAAGGCAUAUGUCAAAUACAACAAGCAGACACCUGCAAAUGUCGCAAAGGCCGCAGCUUCGGGUACUGUAACGGCUAAUCCUGAGCAAUAUGAUUCGGAGUAUCUCUGUCCAGUAACCGUGGGUUCGACCACUCUGAAUCUUGAUUUUGAUACGGGUUCGGCGGAUCUAUGGGUUUUUUCCGAUAAGCUACCGGCGAGAGAGCAAGGUCAGCACGACCUAUACUCAACAUCCAGCGGCAAAAGGCUCUCUGGCGAGACCUGGUCAAUCACCUAUGGAGACGGUAGUGGAGCAAGCGGUAUUGUGUAUGCUGAUAAAGUCGUCAUUGGUGGCGUGACUGCAACAUCUCAAGCUGUAGAAGCCGCCACUUCGGUCUCAUCGCAGUUCGUUCAAGAUACUGCCAAUGAUGGCCUAGUGGGUCUCGCAUUCAGCAGCAUCAACACUGUCCGACCAAACCCAGCUACCACGUUCUUCGACACAGUGAAGUCAUCUUUACAGACGCAACUCUUCGCGGCCGAUCUCAAGAAAGGCGCAGCAGGAUACUAUGACUUUGGAUAUAUUGACACCUCGAAGUUCACAGGCGAUCUUGUAUACGCCGACGUUGAUGACAGUCAGGGAUUUUGGAUGUUCAAUGCUGAUGGCUACGCAAUUGGCGGUAGUCAACAGAACUCCCAAAUGACUGGUAUUGCAGACACAGGAACCACAUUACUUCUGAUAGACAGCGAUGUUGUCGAUGCAUAUUGUACGUAUUAUAAGUCAUCUUGACCCACCUCUAAUAUUAAGAAAAAGCCCUUGUCAGUGCUUAGCUCUUUUUGAUCAUUAUAGGGAUUGGGUCCCUAUCAAUGACCAUGCGAGGCAUUGAUAAGUGAAAUUGACCUUGACAAUAAAGGACAGCCAUGGCUAAAGAUAAACAGAUCAGCAGGUCGACGGAUCAGUCAACGAUAGCAGCCAAGGAGGCUACACAUUCCCUUGUAGCGCAUCCCUUCCUGAUUUUUCUCUGAUUAUUGGCGGAGAAACUCGGACGGUUCCGGGAAGUUAUAUGAAUUACGCACCAGUAGAUUCAAGUGGAAUCACUUGCUUUGGUGGUAUUCAGUCCAACACGGGCAUCGGCUUUUCAAUUUUUGGUGACAUAUUUUUGAAGAGCCAGUACGUCGUUUUCGAUGUCUCUCAAGGCUCGCCAAGACUUGGAUUCGGUCAACAGAGCUAACGGAAUUCGAUAUAAUUCCAUCUGAGCUAAGAAUCCAAGAGGGAUAAGCAGGAGCUGGAAAUGCUUCUUUAUGCGUUACGAAUGUAUUUUCUUCUUACCUUCUUUUUUUACACAGUCUGGUACGAACGUAUCAUGUUCGGUGAAUGCGGAUUUCACAAGUUGAAAUUUGGUAUCGCUCUCAUUUAUGGAGAAGAACACUAGUUUCCUUUUAUACAGAAAUCAAUGAGCAUUAGGUAUUCAAUUGCUAUCAA